CUUGAGUGAUAAAAGACCUCGUCUUAUAAGAAAUAAGUCUGUUCAGUGGGCAGAUUGGGAGCUGCAAGAUGUCAUCGCAUAUCCUCCGAAAAAGAAAACAGAAGCUCUCAUUGAUGAAUCGAUUCAAACAGAAAUUGAGCCUCUUCCAAAAGGAGUUACGCCUCUAGUUGAUGAUAUGAUUCAAACCUCAUUUGAAAUUGGUUCCAUUGCAUCACGUUCUCGUACGUCCUCCAUGAACACCUGCACCACACUGGACGAAGAGGAGGUUAAGCAAUCAGCAUUAAUUGAUCUCAUCACCCAUCUUGAAGAUACUGCUGCUCUUUUACGGGAAUAUCUUAUUAUGCCACAACCCAAACCAGAAGAACAGAGUUUCAUAAAAAAUGAACAGACAUUUUUCCUACUCAAAUACCAAAUUGCCUUAGUUUGUUUUACACAGUUAGUGAGUAUCCUGAUUCUUACCCUGUUCGACAGCUUAGAGGAGGAUGUACGAGAUACAAGCUAUUUCGCACUUACUAUAGCUUGUGGAUCAGUUUUACAACUGCUGAAUAUGGUUCUUGUAUCAUUUGCCACAGCUGUUUUGUCGAAACAAAUGAUGAGAUACAAAGUGGAAGGGACACUCAUGGCUCAAACGUAUUUAGCAACCGUCGUCACAUUUGCUGGUCUUUACUUCAUCAUUUACAGAAUUGAUCCCAAUAAUUGGGAGUUCGGAACUGCUAAUAAGAUUGAAGACAACGUAGCGUUCGGGCAAUAUAUUAAGAUGCUGUAUUUGUCUGUAUCAGCGGCUACUCUGUGUGGUGCUGCAAAUAUACAACCAAAUAAAUGGCACGUCACAUUAUUAGUCAGCUUUCAAAAUGUUGUCAAUUUUGUAUAUUCUGCCUCCAUUCUCGCUCAGACUGUCGGGAAUUAUCACAGUUACACUGUACAAGUACGAAGAUCGAGUUCCAUGAGCCGUCUAGCAGCAAAGUACUAAUAAACAUUUGUGUAUUAUUUGGCAAAAUAAAUUAUAUUUAUGUAUGAAA